AUGAAGCAGAUCGUAAUCGAUGACGAUGUACCCUUUCUUCCCGAUGAAAUCAUCCUAAACAUUCUCAAACGACUUCCUGCAAAAUCCCUAGCCCGUUUUCAAUGUGUCUCCGAACAUUGGAAAAAUCUCAUCAAGAACCCAUCUUUCAUCGCUGACCACCUCCACCACUCCACUCAUCAAAACCCUUGUCUUCUCUUUCGGCCGCAGAAUAGCACAGGUCCUCUGAACUUACAUUUGCUCGAUUGCGAGAAGCAAGUCCAUCGGGUACCAAACCAUCCUUUGAUUGACUAUUUGAAGUGCGGUUGGUUCGUUGGUUCGAGCAAUGGCUUGCUCUGCAUUGGCAUCAGUAAGGAGGGGGUAUUUCAUCAUCCCCAUUUAUUGUGGAAUCCAGCUACUAGAGAAGUCAAACAGGUGCCUAAACCUAUUGAUGAUUUUGAGGGUCAUUAUUUACGUGUAGGAUUUGGGUUCAGUCCAAUUGUUAAUGAUUACAAGAUAGUAAGAAUUUAUGUUGAUGUGAUAUUUGAUGAUCUGGUUGAAAAAGUGGAAGUGUACUCAUUAAGGACAGGGUCAUGGGAGAAAGUAGAAUUGGGGAUCUUAGAUGGUGUAAGUAUUAGUUCUGCCAGUUUCACUGCUAAUGGAGCUAUGUUUUGGUUUGGGUUUAAGCUGGAGGAGGAGGAUGAAAACGGUAAUAUUGUUGCUGGAAAUGUGAUAAUCUCGUUCAACAUAGCAAUGGAUGUGUUUGCAUUGAUGCCAGUGCCUGCUUCAGCCCCUAGAUCGCAUCUCAAGAGGCUCACUAUGUACGAGAACAAACUUGCUAUGCUCUGUUGCACUAUGAUUGGAAAUUCUGAAUCUUCUUUGAUUGAUCUAUGGGUGAUGGAGGAGGGUACAAUUGCAGCCGGGGAGAAAUGGAUUUGGACUAAGAAAUAUACUAGUAGCCCAUAUCCAUGCGUCUUAUGCCCCAUGACUAUUUGGAGGAAUGAUAUUGUUUGCAGCAUUUCAACUAGACGUGAAAUGGAUGAUGAACCAAACACUGUUUUGUUCAAUCUUACUACUAAAGAAUUUACAGAGCUUGCUGUUGGCAGAAGUCGCUAUGGGCAUCAUAUUUUCAAUCAUGUAGAAAGCCUUAUGCCAGUUGGGGGAACGAAAUUAUUUACAAUCUUUGUGUAG